AGCAGAGCAGAGAGAGGAGCAGGAACUGCCCGACUCAGCCUGUCCUGCGACCGACAACAGGGAUUUCAUAUAUUUAUUUCUCUCAGGUACUGAUUCAGCUGCUCGGGAAGCCUAAAUAAAAAUUCUGCGGAAGGUGCUUCAGCGAAGCAGUGGAUGGAGGUCCGACCGGCAGCGCAGGGCCGGGCAGCCGCCGGGCGGGUCGCGCUGUUGGCCGUGCUGCUGCCGAUGUGCUGCCGGGCGGCGCCGGAGCGGGUCCGCUACGCCAUCCCCGAGGAGCUGGGCAGAGGCUCGUUGGUGGGGCCGCUGGCGUGGGACCUGGGGCUGAGCCCGGCCGACCUGCCGGCACGCAAGCUGCAGAUAGUCUCUGGUGACGAAAAGCAGUACUUCACUCUCGGCGACGAUAAUACAAAUCUGCGGGUAAACGAGAGGAUAGACCGAGAGGGCAUCUGCGGAGCCUUGUCGCCCUGUGUCCUCAGUUUGGAGGCAGUCGUGGAAAACCCUUUCAAUAUAUUUCAUGUGAGCGUUACUAUCCAGGAUAUCAAUGACAAUGCGCCGCAGUUUGACAGAGAAUUUAUUGCCAUAGAAAUGAUCGAGUCCACGCCUCCUGGGGCCAGGUUCCCACUGGGCAGUGGCAGAGACCCCGAUAUUGGGGCGAAUUCAUUACACAACUACCAACUUACCCCCAACCCACUCUUCUCCCUUGUAGUGAGGGAGAGUCCUGAUGGGACGAAGCAGCCGGAAUUAGUGCUGGAGAAAAGCUUAGAUCGAGAAAAACAGAGAAAUCACCAUUUGAUACUGACGGCGGUGGAUGGCGGGGAUCCAGCCCGGUCUGGGACCACCCAGAUUAAGAUUAAUGUGACCGACGCAAAUGACAACCCGCCAGUAUUCACCAAGGAGAUCUACAAAGUUCGACUGCUGGAAAACGUGCCAGAGGGCUCCUUAGCUUUUCAGGUGAAAGCUACUGACGGCGACGAAGGUACAAAUGCAGAAAUUACCUACUCCUUCAGUGACAUCGCAAACAGUGCUCUACAGCUCUUCACGCUGGACUCCAGGACAGGGGACGUGAAGGUUACAGGCACCUUAGAUUAUGAAGAGGAAAAAUAUUACGAAGCCAGUGUUGAAGGCAAGGAUGGAGGCGGGCUGAGUGCGCACGCCAAAGUGCACAUAGACAUUCUAGAUGUGAACGACAAUGCGCCAACCGUUUCCCUCCUCCCUAUCCUAAACCCGAUACCCGAAGAUUCAGUCCCGAGCACAGUUGUAGCUGUGAUCAAUGUCCGUGACAGAGACUCGGGGGAUAACGGAGAAGUGAGCUGCAACAUUGACGGCGAUUUGCCAUUCAGACUAGAACCGUCAUCAGAGAACACCUAUAAACUAAUAAUAGCUAGUACCCUGGACAGAGAAAAGGUCUCCGCGUACAAUAUGACCAUCACUGCUAGGGACUGGGGCAGCCCGGCGCUCUCCAGCCGCGCGGCGCUGGUGCUGGAGGUGUCGGACGUGAACGACAACGCGCCGGUGUUCGAGGAGGCCGCCUACAGCGCCUACGUGGCGGAGAACAACGCGGCGGGCGCGCCGGUGCUGCGCGUGCGCGCGCGGGACGCGGACGCGGGCGCCAACGGGCGCGUCAGCUACUGGCUGGCGGGCGGCAGCGCGGGCGCGGCGCCGUACGUGUCGGUGGAGGCGCGGAGCGGCGCGGUGUACGCGCAGCGCUCCUUCGACUACGAGCAGUGCCGCGAGUUCGCGGUGGCGGUGCGGGCGCAGGACGGCGGGGCGCCGGCGCGGAGCUCGACGGCGACGGUGCGCGUCUUCGUGCUGGACCGCAACGACAACGCGCCGCGGGUGCUGUGGCCGGCGGCGGGCGCGGGCGCGGCGGGGGCGGGCGCGGGGGCGUCCCCGGCCGCGGCCCCGUUCGAGGUGGUGCCGCGGUCGGCCGAGGCCGGGUACCUGGUGGCCAAGGUGGUGGCGGUGGACGCGGACGCGGGGCGCAACGCGUGGCUGUCGUACGAGCUGGUGCAGGCGCCGGAGCCGGCGCUGUUCCGCGUGGGGCUGCACAGCGGCGAGGUGCGGACGGCGCGGGCCGUGUCGGAGAGGGACGCGGCGAAGCAGCGGCUGGUGGCCGUGGUGAAGGACCACGGGCAGCCGGCGCUGUCGGCCACGGCCACGCUGCACGUGGUGCUGGCCGAGAGCUUGCAGGAGGCGCUGCCGGAGCUGAGCGAGCGGGCGGCGGGCGCCGACUCGCCGGCGGAGCUGCAGUUCUACCUGGUGCUGGCGCUGGCGCUCCUCUCCGCCCUCUUCCUGCUGAGCGUGGCGCUGGCCGUGCUGGCGCGGGUGCGCCGGGCCGGGCCGCCCGCCGUCCUGCGCUGCCUGGGCGCGCAGCGCUUCUCCGUGGCCGGCGCCGCCUUCCCGGCCGACUUCUGCGAGGGCACCUUGCCCUACUCCUACAACCUGUGCGUGGCGCCGGGCCGCGCCGUCGCCGAGGGCGCUUGGCUGCCGCCGCCGCUGCCCAGCCUGGCCGCGGAGGAGCUUCUCGGCGCGGAGCCCUGCGGGAAGCGGAGCCCGACCAGCAGCGCCGGCGCGGGAGAGCCGCCCGCGGACGCCGAGGCCCCGCAGGUCUGUAAGCCCGCGCAGUCCUUGCCUCUGAGCCCUUCCUAAGCUUACGCCGAGGGGACUGGGCUCUUGCUCGUCCUUUGGCCGCUUGGGCGCCUGCUGCCGCUCUCCCUUUCCACGAACGAAUGAAAGGGCCAACGCUAAGGCUGUGCUAUGGGCUAGUUGUUUUCUUUUUGUGAUGGACCCCCGAACCGAGGGGGCAUGUGCAUCGCUGCCUGCUGCUGAGUUACUCUCGAGCGGAGCAGCAAGUCCUAAGUGUAAGCACGGUUUGUACCGUGUAAGGCUGUAAAAACAAAAGAAAACAAAAAAAACCCGAAAAAACAAAGUGGGGCGAAAUGGAGGCUGAUUGAGAGCGGCCUCCGAUGUGCAGCCGAAAAGCAACGAAGUCGAGAGUGAAGGGCCGUCCCUGAGGAGGACUCCUUGUGAGGGGGGAUCUUCAUUGCUGCCUUGUGCUAUGGCUGGGGGUUUGGGAAACUAAUGUGGCUGGUGGCGUUCCAGUGUGACACACUUUUGAUCUGCGGAAGGGUGAGGGAAAAGUCGUGCAAGCACGACUGCUGCUAAUUGCUGUGCAACUGGUGGUGGAGAUUGUGCUUUUGAACUAACGGGCCAAGACUGGUAAUGCUCUGCACGGAAUAUUAAGAGCACUUUAUGUGUACAUUGUAUCACCAUAACAAAAACAUUUAUCCCUGCGGUAGAAAUAACACAACCACGGGAGGCGUGUCAUUU